AUGGGGAGAUCUCCUUGUUGUGAUGAGAAUGGCCUCAAGAAAGGACCCUGGACUCCUGAAGAAGACCAAAAGCUGGUUCACCACAUAAAGCAACAUGGCCAUGGUAGUUGGAGAGCCCUGCCUAGGCUUGCAGGUCUCAACAGAUGUGGCAAGAGCUGUAGGCUAAGGUGGACAAAUUACUUAAAGCCUGACAUCAAGAGGGGCAAAUUUUCUCAAGAUGAAGAGCAAACAAUUCUGCAUUUGCAUUCCAUUCUUGGAAACAAGUGGUCAGCCAUUGCAACGCAUUUACCAGGGCGCACAGAUAAUGAAAUCAAGAACUUCUGGAAUACCCAUUUAAAGAAAAAGCUGAUUCAGAUGGGGAUUGAUCCAAUGACCCAUCAACCAAGAACUGACAUCUUUGCAAGCUUGCCUCAACUCAUAGCCCUUGCUAGCCUUAGAGACCUCGUGGAGAUCAGUACUACUCAUCCAUUAGAUGAGCACGCUGUAAGAUUACAGGCAGAAGCUGCUCAAUUGGCUAAGCUUCAAUACCUACAAAUUCUUGUCCAAUCUGCAGCUACAACGAGCAACAAUUCUUAUUCUCAAAAUGGCAUUGCAGACAUGGAAGCUUCCAACUUAUUAAAUUCAUCAGUUCCUCAUAUUAAAGAAAACCAUGUUCUUCCAUUUUCACUUGGAAAUGCUACCUCUCAACCACUCCACCAUCCUACUCUAUUAUCUCACUUACCAGACCCACAAGUCCCUUUCAGUUUCCAAACAUCGUUGAAUGGUGAGACGGGCCACUGUUCCAACUUUACAAUGGUCAGCCCAGGAGAUAACCAAACCGAUAACUCAUCAUCAUGGCUUCUUCCAUCCCUUACCCUUCCUCCAACAGUAACCGAGACAUCACUCAGCAAUCCAGGAGAUGCAAGCAGUACUACUAGCUACAAUAAUAAUGGAGCCGCUUCUCCCUACUGGCCUGAACUCUAUUUCGAGGACUCUGUCAUGCAUGAUAUUUCUUAA